GGGGCUGGCUCGCGGUUUCCUCCUGUGGCUCUAGCUCCUUCCUCCCCGCCGACCCUCAGACCCCCCGGGUCCCACCUGUCCUUAGUCAUGUUUGUCCCCUGCGGAGACUCGGCCCCCGAUCUCUCGGGGUUCACGCUCCUGAUGCCAGCAGUAUCCGUUGGGAAUGUUGGCCAGCUUGCAAUAGAUCUGAUCAUUUCUACGCUGGACAUGUGUAAGAUUGGUUACUUCUAUACUGAUUGUCUAGUUCCGAUGGUUGGAAAUAACCCAUAUGCCACUGCAGAAGAAAAUUCAACAGAACUCAGUAUAAAUACUGAAGUAUAUUUGUUACCUUCAAAGAAGCUAGUGGCCCUUCAGUUAAGAUCCAUUUUUAUUAAGUUUAAAUCAAAGUCAUUUUGUGAAAAACUGCUUUCCUGGGUGAAAAGUAGUGACUUUGCCAAAGUCGUCGUUCUUUCAAGCAGUCACUCAUAUCAUUGUAAUGACCUACAGCUUGGCAGUACUCCUUUCAGGUACCUGUAUACACCUUCCAUAAAAAAAAAUGUCCAAAAUCAAAUAAAGAGCCUUAACUGGACAGAAAUGGAACGAAGCCCAUGUAUCCCUGAGAUAGAUGAUUCUGAGUCUUGUAUCCGUAUCCCUGGAGGAGGCAUUACAAAGACACUCUAUGAUGAAAGCUGUUCUAAAGAAAUCCCAGUGGUGAUCCUGCUAAAAUUUGUUUCAGAAGGAGACAACAUCCCCGAUGCUCUAGGUCUUGUUGAAUAUCUUAAUGAGUGGCUUCACAUAAUCAAACCAUGUAGCAAAGAUGACCCCACAACAUCUGCCGUGCCAUGGAAAAUGCCUAGUUCUUGGAGAUUACUCUUUGGCAGUGGCCUUCCCCCUGCACUUUUUUGACCUAUUUUCAGUUUUUUACCUAAUGUCCCAAAAUGCUUGUACCCAUCAGUACUGGUAAAAAAAAAAAUCAUAUUAUCUGCGGCUGCAGUAGGAAGAAAAUACUUUUUUUAAGGUUUUAAUUUCACAGAAAAAUUUAAAAAAUGAAUUAACCAAAUUUCAUUAAUGGAAAAUCAGUUUCUUUUGCCAUAUUUUCAUCAUGUACAAUAAAUGUAAAUUUUGUACAAUAAACUAGUAGUUUUUAAACCAGA